CAACAGAAAUAAGGUACACACUGCUGCAAAAUGAUGGACGUCAAAUAUUUUAUAAUAUUCCAAGUCUUUUUCACUUUUGGAACUUGGAGUUCUUCGGCAAAUGUUUCAACUACUGCUGCUUGUGACAGUAAAAUUUUCUGUCAAGGAUCUAUUCUGCAUACCGUACAGAUGUCUAAAUUAUUUCAUGAUUCUAAGACUUUUGUGGACAUGAAAACUAAAUGCAACUAUGAUGUUAUUGACACACUCUUCAAUUCAACAGAGUGGAGCAAAGAGCCAAACAAUAACAAACUGAAUGAAACCAUCAACACAUGUUUCGAGAAAGAAGAUUCUGAAUUAAUAAAAUGGAUUCCUACUGAUUGGGUCAAAAAUCCAAAAUUUCUUGAAAGCAUUAAGGAUAAUGUUUUAAAAGGCUGGGCAUAUAAAAUAAAUCUAAUAUGGAAAGAACUCGGUAGAACGAUCAUAGAUGACGUCCGCUUGAAACCCACGAAUUAUUCAUUAAUCUACGUUCCAAAUCCCUUUAUAAUACCAGGUGGUAGAUUCCGUGAAAUAUAUUAUUGGGACUCUUUCUGGAUAAUUAGAGGCUUAUUAAUAUGCGAAAUGCAUAUAACUGCAAAAGGUAUGAUAAGUAAUUAUAUCUCAAUGAUUAAAACGUUUGGACAUGUACCAAACGGAGGUAGAAUUUACUAUGCUAAGCGAUCUCAGCCCCCUAUGAUUACACCCAUGAUCAAAAGUUAUGUCGAUGCAACAAAUGACAUGACAUUUGUGAUAGAAAAUAUUCAUGCAUUAGAAAUUGAAUUCCAGUACUGGAUGACACAGCACAACGUAACAAUUAGCAAAAACGGAAAAAAUUACACGCUUGCAGUAUACAGGGAUUAUUCAACAGGACCACGACCCGAAUCAUACAGGGAAGACAUAACGAAGGCACAAUUCUUUAAAACUGAAAGUGAAAGAGAAAACUUUUACUCCGAGAUCAAGGCUGCAGCGGAAUCGGGUUGGGACUUUUCGAGCCGUUGGUUCAUCCUAAAUGGAACAAAUAAAGGAAACAUCACAAAUACAAAAACGAGGUCAAUUGUCCCUGUAGAGUUAAAUGCCUUAAUGUUUUGGAAUGCAAAAAUAUUGAGUGAUUUUUACCGAGAGAUGAAUAACACUGUAAAGGCUUUGAAAUACGAAAACAUUUCUUUGGAAUGGAACGAAGCAGUGACAGCUGUUCUUUGGGAUGAAGAAAUCGGAGUAUGGUUAGACUUUGAUGUAAUUAAUAAUAUCAAACGUAAAUAUUUUUAUCCUACAAACAUAUCACCAUUAUGGACUGGGUGUUAUGCGAAAAAUCAAACCGAAUACUUCGUCACAAGAGUGCUUGACUAUUUGAACCAAGCGGAUGUACUGAAGACUCCUGGGGGCAUACCAACCACACUUAGCAAAUCGGCUGAACAGUGGGAUCAGCCGAAUGCUUGGCCCCCACUCCAAUACAUCACAGUUAUGGCGUUAGAGAGCACUGGUCAUAAAGACGCGAAAAAAAUUGCGUCAGAACUAGCGUCCAAAUGGUUAUGCACAAAUUAUGUUCCAUUUUACAACACUUCUAAGAUGUAUGAAAAAUACCGAGUGGAUGCAGGCGGUGAAAUAGGAAAAAGUUCGGGAGAAUAUAAAAUCCAAGAUGGUUUUGGCUGGUCGAACGGAAUCGUGUUGGAAUUUCUCCAAUUAUACAAUUCUACAGCCUCAGUACAAAAUUGGGAUGUAACGGCAAAAAACUGCAGUGAUGUAUUGAAGAAACUAAUCAAUUCAAAGAAGAGUAAUGAUAAUACAAAAGUAGAUCAUACUUGAUGUAA